UUCGCUCAGCUGCCAGACAAAAUGAUCAACUUGAGUAAAUGGUACUUAGUUUUGUCAAUACUUGGCUUUGUUUCUUUGAUGAUUUUUAUAUACAAACAAAAAGAGAAUGGAACAGAAGAAAAAACUGAUGCCAGAACUAAGACAGUAACUGAAGCCAGAGCGAAGCUGGACUCAUUCGAGGACAGGAGAUGUGAGGGAAAGAUCUACACCAGCCCGAUGCCACUGAAACUGAAGCACAGACAGUACUCCAGAAAGAUACUGCUUCGUAAAAAAUGCAACGCUAACAGUAACUUGGACAUCACUGGCAAAUGGAAGUCAUUUGAUGACAUCCCCAAUGAGGAGUUGCACAACCUACUUGUAGAUGACCGGCAUGGAAUAAUUUAUUGCUACGUUCCAAAGGUUGCCUGCACCGCAUGGAAAAGGAUCAUGAUUGUUCUGAGCGAGAGUCUGAGGGUGUACGGUGUACCUUUCAGGAACCCUCUAGAUAUCCCCAUCCAAUAUGUUCACGGAUUAUCUCUAAGGCACCUUAACCUAUACCCCAAAGCAGUGAUGAAACAAAAACUUCAGACCUACAAAAAGUUUAUAUUUGUUCGAGAUCCUUUUGUCCGACUGGUUUCAGCAUACAAAAAUAAGAUUCAAAGCCCAAUUGAGCCAUAUUAUAAAACAAUCGGGAAAAAAAUAUUAAAGCAGUUUGGAAAUGUCUCUAAUCCAGCAUCUGUAGAGCAAGCGUAUGCUCAGGGCAUUGUUCCUUCUUUCAGCGACUUCAUUCAAUAUAUUCUGAGCCUCCCAGCAAGAAAUUACGCAAAGUUUGAUGAACACUGGAAGCCAACAGUUCACAUGUGCCAUCCCUGCAUGAUCAGUUACGACUUUAUUGGGAAGAUGGAAACCAUCGAGGACGACGCUGCUCAUCUGCUGCGAUUACUUAAAGUCGAUAACAUUGUUAACUUGAAUCCGCAGGCAAAAAAUAAAACCUCCGCUGAUGAAAUGAAGACCUGGUUUUCCAACAUUCCCACAGAGUGGAGCAGGAAACUCUAUGAUAUUUAUAGGACAGAUUUUGAAUUGUUUGGCUAUUAAUAUUAAGACAUUCUACAUGAUCUUUAUCUGGAAAACAUUAUCUGAAUCAUGUUCAUCGUCAUCAAGAUUUCCAAAUUUAUUACAGGAGACAAUACCAGUGAAUAUUUUUCUGUUUUGAAAAUGACUACAUGACACUAUGCUUCCUUUUAAUAAAAGAGUAUGUAAAGUAUGUAAAAAGAGUGUAAGUAUGUAAAUAUACAGACAAUUUCAUGCCGUAUAUAACCUUUGUACCUGAUACUAUUGUGUCAAGUUUUGUAACUGAUUUUCCUUUCUAAUGAUUUCACCAAAAUUAGUAGUAGAGCAACUUGUCUGAAGAAUAAACAAAAUGCUUAAAAAGAUAUAAUAACCCUCAAUGUGAAAUUACAUGUAAAAAAAUGUAAAAAUAAAACUCACAUGAAACAAUAAACUGGUGGGAAAACCUGGUUUUCUAAUAUGACAAUAGAGAGCAAGAGAAAACUCUACGAUAAAUAUAAGGUGGACUUUAGACUCUUGACACUUUAAAUGAUCCUGAUCAAUAAAUCAUGUUUUCUGUUGUG